UCUCAAUAUCGCAAACCACAAUUUGAGGUUAACCACCUGUCAUCCACUGUGCAAUAAACAAAAACAAACCGAAUCACCCUUCCAAGGGGUUUAAACCAGCUUUAAAAUGUCGAACGCUUACAACAUCGAAUGGAAAACCUCCACCAACGACACCCUUUCGGCAAAAACCAAAGAACUAGUGGGAACUAAAACCAGCGACCACCCCCUGAAAACCACAACCGUGACUGAGCGAAUCCCUCGACGCAUCUUGGGGUCGCAACCCAGCACUGGAAGAACCACCCCAGUGUCGUCCCCGUCGGCUCUCCUUGAACCCCUAAGCACGGCUCUGGAAGGGGUGGACCCUUUGACGGCGUUCGCAAUUGAGGAAAUGGACCCGUUAUCGAAACUAGCAGCAGAGGAGACUGAUAGUCGAUCAAAUUCUGACAAAAAGUCGGAUCAGAGAGUCGAAGUGGACUCGUGGGGGGCGAAAAAAGCGGCGAUUUUGUCGAAAUAUACGACGUCGGAAAAAAUAUCAAUUGUGACGAGUUUUUUGUCAGAUGGAGAGAAAGUUGUUGUUAAGGCUCAAAGUACCGCUGUCGAUAAAAUCCAACACAGACUAGAGCAGUUGGAUUGUAUUGAUGAGGGUUCUCAGACUAAGUUAGACUUGUCUCAGACUGAGUAUGUAAACCGGAUUGAGCAACUCAAUAGGGAGUUAGUGUCAGCGUGGAAUUCUGAGCAGAGGGUCAAGUCUUUAAAAAUCGCGAUACAGUGCGCUAAAUUAUUGGCAGACACGAGCGUGUUGAGGUUCUAUCCAAGCAAAUUCGUGCUUAUUACUGACAUUUUGGACGUUUUUGGACAGUUAGUCUACAACAGACUGAGCACAAAGACGGAUUCUCACAAGUUAGGUUCGAAGCUUGCAAAACUACCGGAGGAUUUCACCCCCGACAUGGUCUCAGAUUCGGCGAAAGAGACUUGUUUGAAUUGGUUCUACAAAAUCGCUUCCAUUCGAGAAUUGGUUCCGCGAUUAUACGUAGAGAUGGCGCUGAUGAAAUCGUACUACUUUCUGUCAUUGAGUGAGUGCCAGGAUGCCUUGAGACGCUUGACCCACAUGAUCUCCGGAAUAGGCAACCCCCUAGUGGCCGUCUAUGCCCGCUGUUACCUCUGUCGAGUCGGCAGCAGUCUGUCCAACCGCAUAAAAAACAAACAAUAUCUCCUACAAAACUUCCACAGGUUUUUGCAAAGCUACCAACAUUUGUUCAGUCGUAGCGUUAAGGGUGAACUAACCCAACAAAAGAUGUCGCUGUCGGUGUAUAUGUCUUUGUUCACCCCUGCUUUAGACUACAUGCUACAAACGGUGACCUUGGAUUCGUCGGAUUUUUUGUUGGAUGAUCUACUCGAGAGGUGUAGGGUCCACGGCAAUAGUUCGUUAAUUCUCAACACGAUCAUGUCAGCUUUUAAGCCCACUCUUAUCUCAAUUCGCACCCUCCAGUUCCUGGAAAUGAUCGAGCAUUGUCUAGAUCAGGGGAUUCCUCUGCAUUCGUUGUUGAGGACUCUGGGGCUGUGUGUGAGUGUGGCGCCGCCACCCUUCGAACACAGGAGACAAAUUUUGAACAUCGCGUGGCGGCACAUCGCCUCGUUGAAGGACGUGGAGGAGUAUAUAGCGUGUGCCGAGCCCUGGGUGCUCUACGUUGUCAAAUAUUUUUCGCAUCGAGAAAUCAACACCAUUCUUGGCGACAUAAUCGAGCACAUAGCGCCCGACCGAAGCUACGAACAAUACUACAACCAACUAAAAUAUAUAGUCGAAAACAUAGUUCACAACAUCCAGGACUUUGAGGCCUUGCUUGUCAUGGACAACUUCCUCCCCUUGAUCGACCUCUUCCAAGAAGAGUCCGCACGAGUCGAAGUCUGUAAAAAAAUCCUCAUCGGAAGCAACAUCAGCGUGCACGUAGUCAACGACCCCGUCGUCGUCAACGCCCUCAUGUUCCUCUGCUCCACGUUGCACGACUCCGUCAACGCGCUCACCCCCGACGACGAGUACAGACAAAUCGGCGACAUUUUGUGCCACGUUAUCAAGGUUAUAGACUACGGCCGCGAUUUCGAGCAGCAGUUGACGUUCUACGUGGAAGCCAGAGGCAUGUUCUCGAACAUCGACAUAGUGUUCGUGCAGCUGGUCCAGUGUGUCAACGCCCUCUCUGUCAAGACGCGACAAAUCGUCAAAGGGGCCCACACGAGGAAGACCGGGGACUUCGUGCGGGCGUGCGCAGCCUACUGCUUUAUUACGAUACCGUCGAUCAAGUCGGUGAAGCAUCGCUUGAGGUUGUACUUGCUGUCGGGCCAGGUGGCGCUGUUUAACCAGUGUUUGGGGCAAGCGGAUGCUUGUUUUAAGGCUGGGGUUAGCACGAUUUCGGAGAUACAGAGUGAGAAGGCGCAGUUCCCGGAGGCUGAGUUGGUGCCUUAUGUUAAGCAGUUUUUGUCGAUUUUGUUAGUGGUGCCUGAUAACCCCGACUGUAGCGUCUUGAAUUUGACUAGGUCUAUGCUGAAUGUGCUGCAGGGGUACAGUUGGGAUAAUACCGCCUCGUUGAUUAGCAUUUAUUUGAGUGUUAUUGACAUGUUGAGCGUGAUGGCGCAGGAAUGGUACCCGUAUCACAUCGACAAAGUGGAAUCGAACGACUCUCUGUACGGCUCGGAUAAGAAAUUUAUAGCCGAAAUUAACAAAAUUUGCUCUGUGGUGAUCUCGGAAUUGAUGAGCAAGUUGCAGGCGCUGGGGCCCUGCACUAAACAGUCUUCUUUCGCCGUCGAACUAUUCGUCAAGGUGGCCGUGAGAAACGAACUGACCAAUCAGCUUCUAGUUCUAGCCCUCAAUUUGUGGAACUUAGCUGUCAAAGAUGGUUCCUUAGACAAGCGAUAUCUGAUCAGGACCAAAGACUACUUAAAACAUAAAAGUUCGAGUAAUAACACCCGCCUACAAGAAAUAGUGGAAAAAAUGGAGUAGUGUAAAUGCAAACGUAAAAAAUAAAAUAUUUUCGAGUUUA